UCAACCAUUCAGAGGAGCAGUCGCGUCCAAAUCAGCGACAUGAUAGAGCGGCGGGAAAGUAUGUGACGUCAGGGUCGCGCUAGCCCGCGAAAUUCCUGGGAUAGAGUCUCCUGCAGAGCCGCUAUUCCCCAUGGUCCUUACGGAGUUCCCAGCAUCCACUACGGACUACGAGAAAUAGAAUUAUCGUGACAUGUCUUAUGAAUCAUGGCCAUCACUAAGUAAAGGGCGAUUCUCUGUGAUGCACGGGACAGCUACACAAAUUCAAACUACAUACUUCUCCAAAAUACCAAGAUUUUAGUGGGUCUUAAGUUAUAGGGUUGCUCGAAUAUAUUGCCCUAGCUUUCAUCUUCCUUUACCAUCGUGCAAUGGGAAUCCAAGGCCUGGCCAAACUUAUUGCCGAUGUGGCGCCUGGAGCCAUAAAAGACAAUGACAUAAAGAGUUACUUUGGGCGGAAAGUAGCAGUUGAUGCCUCUAUGUGUAUCUACCAGUUCCUUAUAGCAGUACGGCAGGAUGGCAACAUGCUUCAGAAUGAGGAGGGUGAGACUACCAGCCACUUAAUGGGAAUGUUUUACCGUACCAUUCGCAUGGUGGAACAUGGUAUCAAGCCAGUGUAUGUGUUUGAUGGGAAGCCUCCACAGCUGAAGUCAGGUGAGCUGGCUAAGCGUAGUGAGAGGAGAGCAGAGGCUGAGAAGCAGCUAGAGGCCGCACAGGAGGCAGGAGAAGUAGAGAAUAUUGAGAAAUUCAAUAAGAGGCUUGUUAAGGUCACAAAGCAGCACAACGAGGACUGCAAGAAACUGCUUUCAUUAAUGGGCAUCCCAUAUGUGGAUGCACCUUGCGAGGCAGAGGCCACAUGUGCUGCUUUAGUGAAAGCUGGAAAGGUCUAUGCUGCAGCUACUGAAGAUAUGGACGCAUUGACUUUUGGCACCCCUCUGUUAUUGCGUCAUCUCACUGCCAGCGAGGCCAAGAAACUGCCAAUCCAGGAGUUUCAUCUCAGCCGUGCUCUGGAGGACAUCGGUAUCACACAAGAGCAGUUCAUAGACCUGUGUAUACUGUUGGGCAGUGACUACUGUGAGACCAUUCGGGGUAUUGGUCCAAAGAGGGCUAUAGAACUGAUCAGACAGCAUAAGACUAUUGAAGAGAUCAUGGCUAAUAUAGACCUAAAGAAGUACCCAGUUCCGGAAAACUGGCUGCACAAGGAAGCCCGCCAACUAUUUAUAGAGCCUGAGGUGGUUGACAUGGACAAUGUGGAUUUAAAGUGGGUUGACCCAGAUGAGGAGGGUUUGGUGGCCUUCAUGUGUGGAGAAAAGCAAUUCAGUGAGGACCGAAUACGCAAUGGGGCAAAGAAGCUGUCUAAGAACCGCCAUGGCAGCACACAGGGACGACUAGAUGACUUCUUCAAGGUGACCGGAUCCAUCAGCUCCACCAAAAGAAAAGAGGUUGAUGUUAAAGGCUCAGCCAAGAAGAAGGCAAAAACUGGAACCCCAGCAGGAAAGUUUAAAAGGGGCAAAUGAGUUUAUGCAUUUAUUAGUGAUUAAUAUGGGGGCUUAUUUUUAAUAGUUUUUGUGCUUAAAUGUCUCGUGUUCAUCAAAAUAAAACGUUCAUAUAAGGUUUUUUUGUUAAUAUAGUUUGACAAAUAAACAUGCAAGUAUGAAAAAUA